ACACGCAGCUCCGCUUCCGGGCGCCGCUCCUCGCUACCCACAAUGCUCUGCGGCAGCGACCUGUCGCAAAGGCCGCGUUUGGGCGGCGAGUGAGCGACUAGCUUUCCGUGCGGUGCGGGGUGACGGCGGCCCGCGUCUUCCUCCUCCUGCCGCGGGGUCGGAUCGCCUGACGGUGUCCAGCUGCGCUUAAGUCUGGCAGGUGCCACCUGUCUCCGCAAUGCCCCCGAAGAAACAGGCUCAGGCCGGGGGCAGCAAAAAGGCGGAGCAGAAAAAGAAGGAAAAGAUUAUCGAAGACAAAACUUUUGGUCUAAAGAAUAAGAAAGGAGCAAAGCAACAGAAGUUUAUCAAGGCUGUCACUCAUCAAGUCAAAUUUGGUCAACAAAAUCCACGUCAGGUAGCACAAAGUGAAGCUGAAAAGAAAUUGAAGAAAGAUGAUAAGAAGAAAGAAUUGCAAGAGCUAAAUGAACUGUUCAAACCUGUAGUUGCUGCUCAAAAAAUAAGUAAAGGUGCAGAUCCCAAAUCUGUGGUAUGUGCAUUCUUCAAGCAAGGACAGUGUACUAAAGGAGACAAGUGUAAGUUCUCUCAUGACUUGACUCUGGAGAGAAAGUGUGAAAAGCGAAGCGUUUACAUUGAUGCAAGAGAUGAGGAACUUGAAAAAGAUACUAUGGAUAAUUGGGAUGAAAAAAAACUGGAGGAAGUAGUGAACAAGAAGCACGGUGAGGCGGAAAAGAAAAAACCAAAAACUCAAAUAGUGUGCAAGCAUUUCCUUGAAGCUAUUGAAAACAAUAAAUAUGGCUGGUUUUGGGUAUGCCCUGGAGGAGGUGAUGUUUGCAUGUAUCGUCAUGCACUUCCUCCUGGAUUUGUAUUGAAAAAAGAUAAAAAGAAAGAAGAGAAAGAAGAUGAAAUUUCAUUAGAAGAUCUAAUUGAAAGAGAGCGUUCUGCCCUAGGUCCAAAUGUUACCAAAAUCACUCUAGAAUCUUUUCUUGCUUGGAAGAAAAGGAAAAGACAAGAAAAGAUUGAUAAACUUGAGCAAGAUAUGGAAAGAAGGAAAGCAGACUUCAAAGCAGGGAAAGCAUUAGUGAUCAGUGGUCGUGAGGUGUUUGAAUUUCGUCCUGAACUGGUUAAUGAUGAUGAUGAGGAAGCAGAUGAUACCCGUUACACCCAGGGAACAGGUGGUGAUGAGGUUGAUGAUUCAGUGAGCGUAAAUGACAUAGAUUUAAGCCUGUACAUCCCAAGAGAUGUAGAUGAGACAGGUAUUACUGUAGCCAGUCUUGAAAGAUUCAGCACAUAUACUUCAGAAAAAGAUGAAAACAAAUUAAGUGAAGCUUCUGGAGGUAGGGCUGAAAAUGGUGAAAGAAGUGAUUUGGAAGAGGACAUUGAAGGGGAGGGACAGGAAAAUGGAGCCAUCGAUGCUGUUCCUGUUGAUGAAAAUCUUUUUACUGGGGAAGAUUUGGAUGAACUAGAAGAAGAAUUAAACACACUUGAUUUAGAAGAAUGACACCAAACAAGUCAAUGAAAAAGUUAAGCUGGCUCAGCAUGAGUUGAAAUAGACUACAUUAAUUUUUUUUCCACCUAGAAUUCUUCAGCAGGAUGUUUAUUUCCCUUGCUGAUUCUGGAGGGCUUACUCUCCUCCAAAAAAGGAAUAUUCUCCCUACAUCUUGUCUUCUGACUUUGGCUGCAUCUCAUAGUAAGUUCAGAGUAGUUCAUGAUAAGUUGAAAAUAUAAUGGUCAUUGCAGAAGAUGAUUGAUUGCUGUAACUGUCCACUCAAGUAGGAAGUGUAACUGCUUUUCCAACUUGUGAUUUUCAUUGGGCAUGUGUUAUUACAAGGACAACAUAAAUUUAAGUUUAAAAUAUCCUUCAUUUAAUGCAGUUUUUAAUGAGUGAUUUCAUUUCCUUUGUAUUCAUAUGUUUAAAAGACUGCCUAAAAUAUGAGCACUGUCCUUCAUAAAGGAAACUGCAUAUGCAGAUUCAGUAUUGUUUGUCUUUGGACAAUUAGAUGGACAUAUAAAAUGAAACUUCUUUAAUCUGACAGGAUCAGCUGCAAUGCCCUGUGUUAAACUGUUUUAAACUUUUUCACCUUCUUUUUUGCCAAUAAAGUUGUAAAUAAAGACCAUCAUACAUUAAAAUCCAAAUA